UCACGCUACAGCCUGCACGCUGCACUGUAGUCAUGACUUCAUGCACACGGCACAUGCCUUCGGCCGUCCUUCGCCUUCAGGCUUCACAGAAUCACGCUUCAGGCUUCACUCUUCAGCAAUUCUCACUUCUCAGUACUCAGACUCAGUAGACAGUAGGCCUAAGGGCUCUAAGUCUCUAACCCACGCCAGUACGCCACGGCUCUCGAGCCUCCACUCUCAAGCUCUCACCCCUCGGCCUCUCCUGAGUCUCCUCAGUCCUCAUCUCUGACCUCUCAACUCUCAACUCUCACUCUCUCAAAUCUCAUUCUCUCCUCUCCUCUCCUCUGGAUCUGGUGCGCUGCAACGUGUCGAACGGCCCCGACUUGUCCUCUCCUGAGUCUCCUCUCCUCUCCUCUGGUGUGCUGCUACCUGCCGAACCUGCCGGUGCUGUGAGUUGCUCGAGUCGUCGCCUCCAGGUCUCCUCCAGGCUCCACGGACCAGUGACCACAGGUCCACAACGACUGUCAGUUACUAUAUCAGCUCCAGAGGUGAGUUGCAGGGGUGAGUCAAGAUUUUUUAAUUUUUUAGGGUCUCUAUAUGACUCUAUCUAUUAGACUGUCACUGCCUUACUUAUUGUUACUGAUUUAUUGGCUUGUUGGCUGUUGGGUUUCAUGGAUGAUGCCAUGAUGGAUUUGUGAUGAAUAAAUAGAUUUGUGAUGAAUAAAUAGUACAUAAAUAAAUAGUAGAUAAAUAAAAUAAACUAAAAAAACAAGAAGGAUCCUACCAUGUUCAGAAGCUAAGUAGAAUGAAAAUCAAGUAAUAAUAAAAGAAAUUUUUAUAAUAAUGCUUUUUGUGUUUCCUCUACAGAAAAUAAAAAAAUAAUUUGUUGUCACACACACGCACACCCAAUAACAGAUUUGUGUUUAUUGUUUAAAUAUUUCAUUAUUUUGUUUAUAUUAUUAUUUUUCGGAGUCUUAACUAUUUUUCUUUAUUAGGGAAUUAGUUUGGUGCGAAAGCCCAAGACACCCAGCAUAUCCAAAAAAUUAUUCUUUGUUAGGGAUAAUACAAAUUGCAAAGAAUGGAUACCAUAAACUUGGAUUUUGAUGAUGAGUGUAAUAUUACUCCAUCUUCAGAUAAAUCUGAAAAGAACAAUUCUUCUAUCAAUGAUGGCACUAACAAAAAGAGACAACGUAGAAAGACAUCAGCUGCUUGGGAUGAAUUCUAUUUGUUACCUAUAGAUGUUGAUGGAAAACAGAAGGCAAAAUGUAAAAAAUGUGGGGCUGAAUAUGUUGCUAAUGCUUCAACCCAUGGGACGGCAAAUUUGAGACGCCAUAUUAAUAAUUGUCCAUUACGUGAUAACUAUGAUGUGAAGCAGAUGCACAUGGAUUACGGAACCAAACUUCAUGCGAAAAAAAUUGAGCAAGAUGUUUAUCGUGAGAAGAUGGCAAUUGCUGUAAUAAAACAUUGUUAUCCUUUUUCAUGGGUUGAGCAUGAAGGAAAUCGAGAUGUGCAUAAAUAUUUUAAUCCUGAUGUUAAACCAAUUGCUAGGAACACUACUAAAGCUGAUAUAUUGAAAAUACAUAAAAGGGAGAAGGAGAAACUUAAACUUACACUACAGAGUGCUUUUGGUAGAGUGUGUUUGACUUCUGAUUGUUGGUCUUCUCCUACAACUGAAGGAUAUUUAUGCAUUACAGUUCAUUUUGUGGAUGAAAAUUGGGUAUUGCAUAGUAAGAUUAUUAACUUUUCUCACAUGCCACCCCCACAUUCAGGAGUUGCUUUGUCAGAAAAAACAUUUAGUGUAUUGAAGGAAUGGGGUAUUGAUAGGAAGAUAUUUUCCAUCACAUUGGAUAAUGCAACUGCUAAUGAUAGUAUGCAAGAUAUUCUUUCAAGUCAAUUGUCUUUGCAAGCACCUUUAGUAAGUGGCGGUGAAUAUUUUCAUGUAAGGUGUUGUGCUCAUAUUUUAAAUCUUAUUGUUCAAGAAGGUUUAAAAGUGAUUGAACGUGUUGUGUAUAACAUUAGAGAAAGUGUCAAGUACAUUAAGGGUUCAGAAGGAAGAAAACUUAAGUUUGAAGAGUGCAUUAAACGAGUUGGUAUACUUGCUUCAAUCAGUUUGCGCUUGGAUGUACCAACUAGGUGGAAUUCAACUUUCAUGAUGAUAGAAAGUGCACUCAUAUAUCGACGGGCUUUAAUUCAUUAUGCUUUACUUGAUGCAAAUUAUAAGUAUUGUCCAUCAAAUGAAGAGUGGAAUAGAGCUGAGGUCAUUUGUAAUUUCUUGAAGCCAUUUUACGACAUGACAAAACUCUUCUCGGGUUUGGAUUAUCCUACAUCUAAUUUGUAUUUUUCAAAUAUAUGGAAAAUUCAAUUGCAUUUACUUGAAACAAUGGAACAUCCUGACUCCAUUGUUAAUGGUAUGGCUGCAAAAAUGAAAGAAAAGUUCGAUAAAUAUUGGAAGUGUUAUAGUGUUGUUUUGGCAUUUGCAAUUGUUCUUGAUCCUCGUUACAAGCUUCAAUUUGUCGAGUUUUGCUACUCAAAGAUUGAUUCAUCCACUUCUCGGCAAAAGUUAAAUCUCCUUCGUCAAAAGUUGUACUCUCUAUUCCAAGAUUAUGCAAACAAAUCAAAAAAUUCUUUGGAAUCUACUGCUCCAUCUACUGGGGGUACUGGUGGUAGUGACAAUCUCAUUAGAGAUGAGCUUUCGGUAACUUCAUUUAUAUUUUCUAAUUUUUCAUUUCUUAUUUUAUAUAUUAUUUUUAGCUGUUAUAUUUAUAUUGUUUGUUUUUCUAUUCUAAUAUAUGACAGGAAUUUGAAUUUUAUGAAAGCCAAUAUUGUGCUACUACAGAAAAAUCUCAAUUAGAUUUAUAUUUGGAAGAGCCUAGGCUAAAUCGUGUGGAACAUGCUGAAAUGGAUAUAUUGCGGUAUUGGAAAGAUAAUCGAUUUCGAUAUCCUGAUUUAUCUCUUAUGGCGCGUGAUGUACUUAUUAUUCCUAUCACAAGCGUUGCAUCAGAAUCUGCAUUCAGCAUUGGAGCCCAGGUUCUUAACAAAUAUCGAAGAUCACUUUUGCCUGAAAAUGCAGGAGCAUUGAUAACAACUCGAAAUUGGUUGUUUGGUUACGCAAUGGACCCAAGUGAAGAAAGAGAAGAAGCUGAACAAUUAGAAGUCAAAUUUGAAAAUCUUUUGAUUAAUGAUUUGGGAGAAGUUUCGACAAACAAUCAUGGCUAAUUAAGUUUUUUUAUUAUCUUUUAAAAAUUGUAAUCUUGUGAAUUUUUAUGGAACUCAUUUAAAUUUGGUUUUGUUUCUAAAUAUUUAACUGUUAUAUUUUUUAAGAUUAUGUUUUGAUUGUGGGACUUGAAUAUUUGAUUCAUGUGUUAUGCAUAAUGCAUGAAUUAAAAAAAUAUGAAUGAUGAAUGAACUUAUUAAAUAUUUUA